ACUGACUACUGUCAAACUUUGAACAAGUCAUCUGUCAAAUCGAGUAAAACAGCUCAACAGAAAAGAUUGAAUGGAUCGGCUUUAAAAGCAAAGUUUGUUUUGCUCUAAGUUAAGCACGUGAAAUUGGUCGUGUUGUGAAACAGACAGGAAAGCCUAUAUAUCCCACACUGAUUCGUAAGGUGAAGUUAAGAACAAAUAAUGUCAUUGAACACAAAAUUAGCUUUGCCCAUUGCUUUGGGCUUGUCCCUCGUGACUGUAACAGCAUUUGUGGCCUACUAUGUCCUCAAGAGAGAUGAAGAAGAAAACGAUAACAAGACAGUCAAGAUUACUAAAAUAAAUACAAUUGAAAUUCAUGUUCCUAAAAGCAUUGUUCCAGCUCUGAUUGGUCGCAAUGGCUCCAACAUUAAGGACCUUCAGAAGAAAUCUGGUGCACAGAUCCAUUUCAAAAAGUUCACCGACCAGGACUAUGAUGUGUGUGUAGUCAGAGGACGAGCUGACACUACUCAGCUGGCUGAAACUUUAAUACAUGACUUUAUCAAGCAACAGCCAACAAUUAUGUCAGAAAGUAUUACUGUGCCAAGCUGGUCUUGUGGGAGAAUAAUUGGAUCUGGAGGUGAGAACGUCAAUGAUAUUAGCCAUCGCAGUGGCGCUCGCGUCAAGGUCGAAAGUCCUAAAAGUACAGAUAAAGUUGCUGAGCAUCUAGUGACAUUCCGUGGUACCAAGGAACAGAUUGAAGUCGCCAAGAAACUUGUUGAGAACUGCAUAUCUUUAGAGCGGUGUAGACGGGAGAUAGAGCAGUCGAAGCGUCCGCCCCGGCACAGCUCGUCGCCCCCCUCCCCCUGCCCCUCGCCCGGCGACCGCGACGCGGACGCGGACGCACAAGGUGACGUCACGCACACGCGUGUCAAGUAUAAACGGCCUGAGACAACGGGACCCAGUAUCGAAGUGUACGUGUCGGCGGUUUCAUCUCCUUCCCGUUUCUGGGUGCAGUUCGUAGGGCCCCAGGUCGCUCAGCUUGACGACCUAGUCGCUCACAUGACCGAGUAUUACUCUAAGAAGGAGAACAGAGAAGCGCAUACCUUACGCCACGUGUCCGUUGGGCAAGUGGUGGCGGCGGUGUUCCGACACGACGGCCGCUGGUACCGGGCAAGGGUGCACGACAUCAGGCCUAACGAGUUCGAUUCAUCGCAACAGGUAGCCGACGUGUUCUAUCUGGACUACGGCGACAGCGAGUACGUGGCUACGCACGAGCUGUGCGAGCUAAGAGCGGACCUAUUAAGGCUGCGGUUCCAGGCCAUGGAGUGCUUCCUGGCUGGCGUCCGGCCCGCCAGCGGCGAGGAGGCCGUGUCUCCGUCUGGCCAGCGUUGGGACAAGUGGCAUCCACAGGCCGUCGAGAGGUUCGAAGAACUUACCCAGGUAGCGAGGUGGAAGGCCCUGGUCUCCCGGACCUGCACGUACAAGAAGACGGCGACCGCUGAAGGAGAGAAGGACAAAGAGAUACCUGGGAUCAAACUGUUCGAUGUUACUGAUGAGGGCGAGCUGGACGUGGGCGCGGUGCUGGUGGCGGAGGGGUGGGCGGUGGCGGGCCCCGCCCCCUCCCCGCGCCCCUCGCCCCCGCGCGGACACACCACGCCCUUCGGAGACCUCAGCAAGUCCAAAGUACUCAGUAUGACCGGCGGUGGUGGACGAUCAUCGUCCGUUCCAAAGGAUCACAAAGACGAUGGCAGCAAUGUGCUCACCGUUGAAGGCGAUGACUCCAAAGACAAAGACGGAAUAACAGCAUCGAAAUCACUAGCCUCCGGUCUUGAGAAGUCUGACCGCCAUCCGUUAUCGAUAUCGAACUUCGAUCUAUCGUAUCCCGACCCUUCGAGGAACAAACAACUGAACGGCUCCGAUGAUUUCUUGCACGGCGAGCGGCAAAAUAUCGAUAACGAAAUCACUAUCGAUACAUUAGUUCCGCCGUCUCCCCUCUCUAACGCUCCGAUACUGUCGAAAACGCUUCAAGACGAAUUCAAGGCCAACAUGAACCGAAUAGAUUCGCACCACAGUAAUCUCGAAAACCUCGGUAAGUCCGCUUUUGAAAAGUGAACCUUAACUCCGAUGUAUUACGUUAGUUUAUUGUAUGACUCGAAUUUAUGUAAACGUCUUAUGAGGCAUAAUACUGAAAUUGUAGUCGAUGUAUUUUCUGAUCCUUUUUCAUGUAGUUUUCAUACAAUAAUAUACGUAUUGGAAGCGAGUACAGAAAAACAAGAAGUCUGAAUAGUUAUUAAAUGAAAAUAAUCAUUUUUUCUAAAACAUUAUUAUUGUUAGUAGUUUUUUUUUGUAUCUAUAUCAUAUCUUCAAAUACAAAUACCUAAAGUGCGUUUUUUUUUUCAAUUAAAAAUUAUUUUCUGUUGCCUUUGUCUGUGCUAAUUCUAGUCAUAGACAAAACAAGAUGGCUUCUUCAUAUUUUUUUAAACUAAAACAUCUUGUUCUUCGCCUUAUUCGUACACUUGCCCACAAGACAUGCAUAUACUUAAUAUUUAUUUACGUAGUUUUUAGCGAUCAAUCCCUCCAACGAAAUCAUGUAAUUUAUUUUUUAACACGAAACUCAGAAAAUUCAUGUUUUUUUUUGUAUAAAAAUCACAUCUCAUUUUUUUUAAAAACACUUGUCAUUCAAAAUCUACCGGUCGAGAUUUCCUCCUGUGGUACUUACACUAGAAAGUUUGUGUAUAAAUCACAAAUGAUUAAAUCACAACCGAAUUUGACAAAAUUCGUCUUACGUCAAUAAUUUACACCUGAAAAAGAAUAUAGACGAUCUAUAAUUUUUAUCUCUCUGCUGGCAUUAGACUUUGGUUUCCUUUCACGCGCAUGCAGCUGCGGACCUGAAACUAGUACCAAAUGUCUUUUAACAACAAACAUGAAACCGGUAACACAAUCCUAAAAGUUAGAGAGAGAGAUAAAGAGAAAAUACUUUAUUGCACAACAAAACACAAUUUACAUUUAAAAACAGUCCACAAAUAGUUCACUUAUUGUAAAAUAGGCGGUCAUAUCGCUAAAAGCGAUCUCUUUCAGACAAACAGUUUUAUCUACAGAAUUUCUGGCAAAAAGAUCCUAACUGAUUUUUAUUGGAAAAAAGUACUUAAUUAUUUAUCUAUGUAUUACUUAAAUCCGGAAUCUCCAAACUACAUUUAAUACCUACUACAAAUAUGAAAUAUUUGAUUAGAAGACAUGUGACGUCAUUUGAGGCUACGAGCCAACCUUAGGUCGAUAAACAACGAUAAGCCACAAAUGACGUCAUACUUUAUGAUUAGCGUUAAAAACAAACAUUCAUUAGAUUUAAUUUAAAUUACACAGAAAUCAAUAAAAGUUUGAUUUUAUAUAUGUAUUAAUGUUGCUAUGUUCUAUGCUAAUCUUAAAAAGUAUAGGAACUUUGAUAUUGGUCAUUUUUUUAUUAUCUUUUUCGUACCAUACAGUUUCGAGUUUAUUAUAUAAUAUAAUUAGUUUAGUGUACAUGUGUAGUCUGUGAUCGUAAUUAACUAGUGUAGAUUCUUAAGCUCUAACUCCGCGGCUUGUUCAUAGUUUUAUAGUAUUAUUUUACUGGUUUUCUUGUUGUUACAAAUAGUCUAUAAGGUGAGCCCCAAUGUUGUAUUAUAAAUAUAAGUUCUGUAUAAUUAUUAGGAUUAAAGUGCAUAAUGAAAAUGAAAAAUCAUUAAUUAAAAAAAUACCUUAUUCGUUUGGGAAAUUGAGUGUAAUUUACAUCAGUACAGUAUAAGGGAAAUGAAAAAUUUUAUGGAAUCUCUGGAAAUGUUUUAGCACCUAGUUGAAAAGACCGAAAGUUGGCUCUGCGUACACUAAUGUCCAAAAUAAUGUUAAUAUUAAAUCUAAAAUCUCUAUUAAUUAGGUCUGAAAAGGUUUCUAUUAAUACCUUCAAAAUCAUAAUUGAUUUAAUAUAUCCAAUUGAUUUAUAAGAUUUUAUUGCAAAGAAUGUACGGACUACGCGUAAUGUUGGAUCGGUGCUUAAAAAGGUGCUAAGUAGGAAUGUCUUUUUGUCAGUAUAUUGUACAAAAUAUCUAUGUAUUGACGAUACACUUUAGGAAAAGUCUAUCGAAAAAUCAUAAAAAAAUCUAUCUAUCUAAAUAUCUAUAGCACCAGAGGGGAACUGCCAUAUGCUGAUGAUGAUUAUAAUGAUGAAUGAUAUAGGAAAAGAUAAUACUAAUAGAUUAUAUAAGCUACUGAAAUUGUGAACAUUAGUUAUCAUUUCAAUUUUAUACUUAAAAAAAGCGUCUAGCUGCUGUCAAUAGCAGAGGCGAUGACUACGUUUAAGACACAGGAAAAAACUUGUUUGUAUACAUAUAAAAUAUGUUCAUAGAUAAACUCUUUCGUCUUCAAUUUUUUUUCAUUAAAAACUCCGUGGUCAAAUUGACUGGGUUGCUUUAGGAAAAAUAAAAAAGUGCCAUACUAGUACAAAAUACUUUUUUUUUACAGUAACUAUUGGUUGUUGUUGAUUUUUAAGUGUAAGCUUUUCUUUAAUUUGUUGUUUUGUUCUGUAGAUAUGAAAUUUAGUUAUUGUAUUAUAAAUAAAUAAAUAAAUAAGAAAA